AUGCGAAGAAACUCUGCCCCUCCCUUUUCAAGGACGACGGUCAGUAUUUUUGUCAACUUAGUAGCCAACUGUCGAAAUUGUGGGCUCGUGGAGUCACUGAGCUCUUCUGUAAAGUUUCUAUUUGAUAUUGUUACUGUUACUUCAAAAACAAUCUCUUCCUCUGCAGUGGUUGGUUUCGUGGGUGGCAACCCCACAGAACUUGUUGAUACUACACUCCUUGAUGGUUCCAGCAUCGAAAAUGACACAGUCACAAGUUUCUUGGACGAUGAGAUGGUGGCUAGGGUUGAAACGCUUGGCAAUACCUCAGAUAACGAUAAAACAAGAGAAUAUACGCUUGUUGAUUCUCCUUUUGAAGUAGUGGUCGUACUUUGGGAUAUUAAAAUAGAACGAGAACUUGUUGCUGAUUGUUUCGAUAUCAAAGUGGACACACUCACUAAUGUCGCAGAUGAAGAUAAAACAGAAGGUGGGAUACUUGACGAAUCUGGUGUUACUAUGGCGGAUGAUGUCGCACGGACCGUACUUUGUGAUGGUGAGAUAAACAGAGAACUUGUUGCUGAUUCUUUCAAUAUCGAAGAGGAUACACUCACUGUUACUUCAGAUGAUGAUGAAACAGAAGGCAACACACUUGAUGAAUCAGGUGUUACGACAACUGAUGCUGUGGCUCUGGCUGUACUUUCAAGUGACGGUGAGAUGACCACAGAACUUGUUGCUGAUUGUUUCAAUAUCAAAGAGGAAACACUCACUAAUAUCGCAGAUGAAGAUGAAAAAAAAGGCAGUACACUUGACGACUCUAGUGUUACGCCAACAGAUACUGCAGCACUGGCCGAGAUAAUCAUAGAACUUACUGCUGAUCGCGUCGAUAUCGAAGAUGAAACAUUUUGUAAUACGUCAGAUGAUGAUGAAACAGAAGGCAGGGUACUGGUCGAAUUUGGCGUUAGACCAACGGAUGCUGUCAAACUGGCCGUACUUUUUGAUAGCGAGAUAGUUACAACACUUGUUGCUGAUGGCGUCGAUAUUAAAGAUGAAAUAUUCACUGAAACCUCAGAUGAUGAUGAAAGAGAAGCCAGGACAGUGGUCGAAUUUGGUGUUACCCUAAUGGAUGCUGCCGUACUUUGUGAUAGUAAGAUAGCCACAGAACUUCUUACUGAUGGCGUCGAUAUCAAAGAUGAAACAUUUGCCAAUACUUCCGAUGAUGAUGAAACAGACGGCUGGACCAUGGUCGAAUUUGGUGUUACGCCAAGGGAUGCUGUGGCACUCGCUGUACUUUGUGAUAGUGAGAUAGCAGACGAACUUGUUGCUGAUGGCGUCGGUAUCGAAGAUGAAACACUCGCCAAUACUUCAGACGAUGAUGAAACAGAAGGCAAUAUACUGGUUGAAUUUGGUGUUACGCCACGGGAUGCUGUGGCACUAACCGUACUUUGUGAUGGUGAUAUAGCAGACGAGCUUGCUGCUGAUGGCGUCGAUAUCGAAGAUGAAACAUUCGCUGAUAAUUCAGCCGAUGAUGAAACAAAAGGCAGGAUACUGAUUGAGCUUGGUGUUACGCCAAGGGAUACUGUGGCACUCGCUGUACUUUGUGACUGUGAGAUAGCAAAGGAACUUCUUUCCAAUGGCGUCGAUAUUGAAGAUGAAACAUUCGCUGAUACUUCAGACGAUGAUGAAACAGAAGGCAAUAUAUUGGUGGAAUUUGAUGUUAUGCCAAGGGAUGCCGUGGCACUAACCGUACUUUGUGACAGUGAGAUAAAAAAAGAACUUGUUUCUGAUGACGUCGAUAUCGAAGAUGAAACAUCCGCGGAUACUUCAGAUGAUGAUGAAACAAAAGGCAGGAUACUGGUCAAAUUUGGUGUUACGCCCACGGAUGCUGUCAAACUGGCCGUACUUUGUGACAGUGAGAUAGUCACAAACCCUGUUGGUGAUGGCGUCGAUAUCGAAGAUGAAACAUUCGCUGAUACCUCAGAUGAUGAUGAAACAGAAGACAAGAUACUGAUUGAAUUUGGUGUUACGCCAAGGGAUGCUGUGGCAUUCGCCGCACUUUGUGAUAGUGAGAUAGGAGACGAACUUGUUGCUGAUGGCGUCGAUAUCGAAGAUGAAACAUUUACUGAUACCUCAGAAGAUGAUGAAACAGAAGGCAGGACACUUGAUGGAUCUGGUGUUGCGCUAAUGCGCACAGUCGUUAGUGUUCUAGUUUGCGAUUGUGAGGUACACACACAACUUGUUCGUGAUUUUUUCGAUAUCGUCGAUGAAAAGUUCGCUGGUUCCUCUGAUAAUGAUGAUGGAACCGAAGACACACUAGUGUUUGAAUCAAAUUUUGAGGUUGUAAAUAUUGUUGCAACGGCCGUAGGUGGGAGUAGUGUGGGCGACAAAGAGCUUGUUGCUGCUCCACUGCCUGAUUGUUUGAAUGUUGACGGUGUUACUGAUGUCUUGGUUGUUAAUGAAACAGAAGGCGAUACACUGGUUGAAUUUGAUGUUACUGACCCUAUAAGGUAA